CACAAAGUGAACUGAAUAAGCUCUAACUAGCUAAAUCCAAACGCACCGCCGAUAAGAAACUUAAAGCGAUAAAUUAAAUACCACCAUCGUCACUAACCCCUUAUUUUGCGAAAUAAUUUUAUUAUAAUAGAUAAUUUAAAACUGGCCAAGUCGCCCCACCACUGGGGGGGAUAAUAUGAGGAAUGGGCGGGGCAUAAAUUAAAACAGAAACGCACAUAAAAAGCCGUCUCUCUCGCACAAAUGAGCAAUCCCAAAUGCAGUAAGCGGCUUACAAUAGGAGUUGACACUCGGCGGUCUCGCGUGCUCUUUCAUUUACGUAGUACUGAUAUAUUUCCGUCUCAGUCUGUCGCUGGGCCCUUUAUAUUUAUAAAGGUAUAGACCCAGAGCCCCACGUGAGAUUGUGUUUUGUAAUCAGUGAAGUGGUAUCUUUGUACGGGAGCGCGCGAUGCGGCCCGUUUGACAGUUGACGUUUUUUUGGCGCGAACACGAAGGCACGGGUCCUGUGAACUUUAAAAAAAAGUUUAAGUGAUGGUGGACGCCAGUUGAAGUCUGUUUCAGUUAUUGCUUUUGCAAUAACUUGGAUUUUUAUUUUAAGGAGUCAGUUUAGGGCAGCACCAUAGAAGAAUACGGGGUGUACACGAUGCUGCCAGCGCAGCAGCUCCCCCCGAUCAGCCCCUGGCCGCCCGACGGGGUGCUGGACCGCAUGGACGACCUGGCGCACAAAGGAGGCAGGCCGCUGCCGGACUCCACGAGGCAGAAGAUCGUGGAGCUGGCGCACUCGGGCGCGCGGCCCUGCGACAUCAGCCGCAUCCUGCAGGUCUCCAACGGCUGCGUGUCCAAGAUACUCGGCAGGUACUACGAGACGGGGUCAAUCCGGCCGCGCGCCAUCGGCGGCUCGAAGCCGCGCGUGGCGACAGCGGAGGUGGUCUCAAAGAUCGCACAGUACAAACGGGAGUGCCCCUCGAUCUUCGCGUGGGAGAUCAGGGACCGUCUGCUGAGCGAGGGCGUCUGCACGUCGGACAACAUUCCUAGUGUAUCCUCAAUCAACCGCGUGCUCCGCAACCUCGCCGCGCAGAAGGAGAAGACCAGCUCCCAGCCUCCCCCCACCGACUGCAACACGCCAGUAUACGAGCGGCUGCGACUCCUGGGCUCCCAGACGAACUGGCCGCGCGCGCCCUGGCCGGCUCAGAUAGACGCGCGGACACCGCCCUAUCAACUACACAGUCUUAGUCCAGGGCCUCAGAUGUGCAAUGGCGAUAUGGGAAUGAAGAAAGGUGAAGAGCCACUGGAAGGCCUGGAAGGCCUGCACUCCGACGAGACGGGGUCCGGCGACAACUCCAACGCGGGCUCGAGCGGCGCCGACGACGACGCCGCGCGGCUGCGGCUCAAGCGCAAGCUGCAGAGGAACCGCACCAGCUUCACCAACGAGCAGAUUGACAGCUUGGAGCGCGAGUUCGAGAGGACGCAUUACCCGGACGUGUUCGCGCGGGAGCGACUCGCCGCCAAGAUCGGCCUCCCAGAGGCUAGGAUACAGGUGUGGUUCUCGAAUCGGCGCGCGAAGUGGCGGCGCGAGGAGAAAAUCCGCGCGCAGCGGCGCAGCCCCGAGUGCUACCCGCCGCAGCCGCAGUACCCGCCGCCCGUCAACAUCGACAGCUACAGCCCGCUAACCCCAAUGGGCUACGGACCGACGCCCAUGCCUGAACCAGCGCCGGUGCCUGUAUGCGAGCCAGACCCGGAGCUCUGCAAGGGCGGGUUCCUCGGCUACCCUCGCUACGAACUCGGCUACCGGCAACCACCGCAUUACGUCAACCACCCGUACCAGCACGAGACCUCGCCGACAUCAGAGCUAGGCGGGCUGCUAGGCGCCGGCGUGUCGGUCCCGCUCGCGGUGCCGGGACAGGAGCCCCAGCAGUACUGGUCGCGGCUGCAGUGACCCUGGUGGAACUAGCCCGACAA